CAUUGUCUCAGUGCCAGUGCUUGAUAUCCUGUGCCUGUACCCAGUACUGGUUCCAGUGCCCAUUGCCCCCAGUGUCUGCUAUCCUGAUGCCAGCCCUCAGUGCCCGUUGUCUCAGUGCCAGUACUUGAUAUCCGGUGCUAGUACCCAGUACUGGUUCCAGUGCCCAUUGUCCCCAUUGCCCCCAGUGCUUGUUGUCUUGGUGCCAGUACCUGAUCCUGGUGUUGGUACCUGAUCCUGGUUCCUGGUGCCAGACACCAGUGCUGGUGCCUGGUACUGGUUUUGGUGCCCACUGUCCCCAUUGCUUCCAGUCCUGGUUCCUGGUACCAGGGCUCAGUGUCAGUACUUGGUACCAGUUCCUGUGCCAGCUGAUCCCAUGCCCAUUGUCCUGAUGCCAAAUGCUCAGUGGCAGUACUCAGUACCUGAUACUGGUGCCGGUGCCUGGUUCCACUUCCCAAUGCCAGUUCCCAGUGCCAGUAACUGGUACUGGUUCUGAUGCCCAUCACCCAUUGUCUCUGUUGCCCCCGGCGUCAGUGCCUAAUGCCAGGACCCAGUACUAGUUUUAGUGCCCGUUGCCCCCGGUGCCAGUGCUCGGAGCCAAUACCGGGUACUGGUUUCAGUUCCCAUCGCCCCGGUGUUCGCUGCCCUGGUGCCAACCUCCGCUGCCCCUGGGGCGUUCCCGGUGCCCAUUGCCCUGGGCGGUGCCAUGCAAGCGGGGUGUGUGUGGGGGUGUUGGUAUCGCUCUGCCUCUUCCGUGCCCAUUCGGUGCCCGGUGGCCGGUGGUUUCUUUCUCGGGGGGGUGUCUGUGUGAUGCGGGCACUGCAAACUCUCCGACCCUCCAGAAUGCCGACGGGACGAGCGAUGGCCAUGGCGGCGGCGACCGGAUCGCAGCAGCUGAGUGACCUGGGCGAGCUGGGCAGAACCGGGGGCUCCCGGGGGGGGCCCGUUCUGACGCUUGGCACCAUGAACCCCGCGAUCCGGCGCCUGGAAUACGCCGUGCGGGGUCCCAUCGUCACCCGGGCGCUGCAGCUGGAGCAGGAUCUGCGGCAGGGUGUCCCCAAGCCCUUCACCGAGGUCAUCAAAGCCAACAUCGGUGACGCCCAUGCCAUGGGGCAGAAACCCAUCACCUUCCUCCGCCAGGUGACAGCUCUGUGCCUGUGCCCGGAGCUCCUGGCCAGCCCCAACAUCCCCGAGGAUGCCAAAGCUCGCGCCCGGCGCCUGCUGGAAGCUUGCGGUGGCCACAGCGCCGGUGCCUACAGCGCCAGCCCUGGCAUCGAACUGGUGCGGGGGGACGUGGCCAAGUUCAUCGAGCGCCGCGACGGCAUCCCCGCCAGGGCCCAGGACAUUUUCCUGUCCACCGGCGCCAGCGAUGCCAUCGUGAGCAUCCUGAAGCUGCUGGUGGCUGGGGAAGGUCAGACCCGGACAGGGGUGCUGGUGCCCAUCCCUCAGUACCCUCUGUACUCGGCGGCCAUUGCCGAGCUCAGUGCUGUGCAACUCAACUACUACUUGGCCGAGGACAACUGCUGGGCCUUGGACGUGGCCGAGCUCCGGCGCGCGGUGACCGAGGGACGGCGUCACUGCUGUCCCCGUGUCCUCUGCAUCAUCAACCCCGGCAACCCCACUGGACAGGUCCAGAGCCGCCAGUGCAUCGAGGACGUCAUCAAGUUUGCCUAUGAGGAGAAGCUCUUCCUGAUGGCUGAUGAGGUCUACCAGGACAACAUCUAUGCCGAGGGCUCAGCUUUCCACUCCUUCAAGAAGGUCCUGUUUGAAAUGGGACCACCCUACUCAGAGGUAGUGGAGCUGGCUUCCUUCCACUCCGUCUCCAAGGGCUUCAUGGGAGAGUGUGGAUUCCGUGGUGGCUAUGUGGAGGUGGUGAACAUGGAUCCUGAGGUCCACCAGCAACUGUCCAAGUUGGUGUCAGUGAGGUUGUGUCCACCAGUGCCAGGGCAGAUCCUGUUGGACGCUGUCGUUGAUCCACCACAACCUGGGGAGCCAUCAUACGAGCUCUUCAUGGCUGAGAAGAAUGAGGUCCUCGGCAACCUGGCCCACAAGGCCCGUCUGACCGAGGAGAUCUUCAACCGCACUCCCGGGAUCCGCUGCAACCCUGUGCAGGGCGCCAUGUACUCCUUCCCGCGCAUCCACCUCCCGCCGCGCGCCUGCGCCGCCGCACAGGCGCAAGGCCAAGCCCCGGACAUGUUCUUCUGCAUUAAGCUGCUGGAGGAGACAGGGAUCUGCGUGGUGCCAGGCAGCGGCUUUGGGCAGCGAGAGGGCACCUUUCACUUCCGGAUGACCAUCCUGCCACCUACUGAGAAGCUCCAGGUCCUGCUGGAGAAGCUCAGCAGCUUCUACACCAAGUUUGUCAAGGAGUUCUCCUAACACCAACGCCCCCCACCCACCAGCACUUCCCCAGCACUCCCCAGCUCCCCCACCAAGCCCUGAGUGCUACUGGCUGGACCUCUGCCCUGGGAUGUUCUUGGUGGUCUUCAAGUGCCUUUAACCUCUUCAUGCCUUUUGGGUUGGACAUGAGGGCUCCUCAUGUCGUGGGGCUGGUGUCCCCCCACCCUGCUGUCUCCAUGUUCCCUCAGGAGGCAGCAGGGCUUGGGGGGAGCCCACAAUGUUUACUCCAUUGAUAAAAGGUUAGUGACCAGC